CGCUUUCUAAUAUUGUGCGAAGGAAAAAUGCUGCCCAGAGGGAGAACUUGAGCACAGUCCGUGGUUAAUUUGGCUACCGCUUUUGACAAAUCUUUAGACAUUUUUGGAAGAAAAGCGCGACGCGGAUGGACUCCCUCUCGCAGGCAGGGCUGUGAUGCAGUGACACUGUCCUGUCCCGACCAUGGCCCGUCUCUAUGGUAACCACCGACACAAGGAAUAGGAGGAGCCGGAAUCCCAUUGAUUUUGCAGUGUGCCAGAAAACCACCGAUAUGCGUCCUACCCGGCCUACUACGAUCGCCCAACGCAUGCCGUUCAACCUGCAUGAAGCAGAUGUUGCAAAUGCAGCAGUUCUUAGCAUCAGCUUGACACUUGGAGGGUGUAUUUGUUUUUAUCUCCGUUGACCAACGCUGUUGUUAGAGUAUUGUGUGCACCCAAGGACAGUGCUGAGACCCCUUUCAGGAGACCUUGCGGAAGGUCUUCCGAAAGUGUGUGACCAGAUCAUACAGCACUAACUGGCCCCAGGACAAGAGGACUACCUUCUUUCUCUCUCUCUCUGGAUCCAUGCAUUAAUUACUCUGGGACCCUCGCCAGGAGGACUAGAGCCUUCCCCUGAACCGGUCGCAAUUAGAUUACCAGAAGGGAGACAGUCGAGAUAGGCCUAUACUGUGUGUUUGAGUGUGUGUUAGUGUGUGUGCGUGUGCUGUGUGCUGUGUGCUGUGUUCUGUGUGUGUGUGUGUGUGUGUGUGUGUGUGUGCGUGUGCGUGUGCGUGUGCUGUGUGCUGUGUGUGUGUGUGUGUGUGUGUGUGUGUGUGUGUGUGUGUGUGUGAGCGUGUUUGUGCGGGCUUGGGUUGGAGGAUGCACCAGUUGUUCAGCCAGGUGCUGGGCCAGAGGGACCUGUCUCGCGCGGGGGACCUCUUCUCUCUGGAGGACGCUGACAUCGAGGACUGCCUGUCACAGGCCCUGGAACAGAUCAAGGCCAUUUCCUGCUCACCGGACUACCUGACCAAUGACAACGACCAGGCGGUGGUGGAGAUCUGCAUAACGCGCAUCACCACUGCGAUAAGGGGAACCGGGUCCAUUGAGCGCCAUGGCGGUGCGCUAGUGGGACUCUGGGAGUCCUGCCUGGAGCACAGGCUGGCUCCGCAGGGAGAGAGCCAUGAAGACACGCCCCACGCCAAGAUAGCCUCCGACAUCACCAGCUGCAUCCUGCAGAACUACAGCCGGCCCCCGGUGAUGGCGCUGGCGGUGCCGGUGGCGGUGCGCUUCCUGCGACGGGGGAACCGGGAGCUGAGCCGCAACAUGUCCAGCUACCUGUCGCUGGCCGCCAUCGCCAAGGCCGAGCUGCUGGCCGAGCACACGGACGCCAUCACCCUGAGCGUGCUGGCAGGUAACCACAUGCUGCUUCGGGUGUUGCCUUCGGUGUACCCCAAACAGCCGGACGCCAUUCACCGUCACCUUGGGGAUCUGACCGCCAUGAUGUCACAGCUGGAGCCGCCAGAGCAACUCCACCUGAUCAGGCUCCUGCAAUUGGUUGCCGAGCAACAUCCACUUAUCUUGAGCCCCCAGGUUCCUGCGCUCGUCGGUUACCUUGAUGACCCCUCGUUGACGGAGGCGGUGUUCUCGGCGCUGGUGGAUGUGUCUCAGGCCAGCCCGUCGUCGCUGGUCAGCUUCCUGCCUGCGCUGAGGGCCGUGGGGGAGCAGGCGCCCGCCCUGCUGGGCAGCGUGGCCAAGAUCCACGGGGCGGUGGGCAUUAUCAGUGAGGCCCAUGCGUGCAGCUCCCUGGUGUACCUGGUGUCCCUGCUGGGCAACAUGGAGCACAGCUUCCACCACACGCUGCUCAUGCAGAUCCGGGCCCUGACGGAGCGCUACCCCUGCGUGCUGGGCGGCUGCGGCAAGGACAUCUACAGGAUGAGCAACUCCUUCAGCGCCAUCGCUCGGCUGCUGGAGCGGAAGCUGGGGGAGAGCCCCGCCAUGCAAUGCAGCCUUGGAAACGAGCGCACGGCGUCCCAGUGUGCAGCUCCUAUGGGAGCGCACGGCCCAGCAGCAGGAGGAUUCAAAGGGGGAGCAGGAGCGGUCAGAGCAGUGGGGUCGGACCAGCAUCUCCAGAUCAGGAUCCAGGCCUUCGAGGAGAAGAUGGGGGCCGAGGGGGGAGAGAAGGAGGCUGGGGGGGAGGAGGAGGAGGAGGAGGAAGGGGAGGGGGAGUCGCCGGCCCCCCAGAGGAGGUACAGCGCCGGGCAGACCGCCCGGCUGGAGCGGCGGGAGAUGAGGUUCAACAGGUCAAAGAGCCUGGCCCUCCACGCCGUCCGCUCGCGCUCCUUCAACUCGGACAACGGCGAAGACGCAGAGGGAACGAUGACCGCUGACGCCACCCCUCCCCAUGCUCUGGCCAAUCAGCAGGGAGAUCCGCAGGAAGUCCCGCCCCCGGAGAGGAAGGCAACCGACGGCAGCCCCGCCACAGACAGUGGGACGAAAGAAGCAGAUGGAGAAAAGGGAGGGAAGGCUGGGGGGGAGGAGGAGAGGGAGGAAGAGGAGGAGGAGGAAGUGGAUCGACUUCACGUUCACCUGAAAAACAACAUGGAGACCAUCAAAGCGUUCUGUAAAGAAAUGGUGACCCAGAUCCCAGUUCCAGAGCAAUGUUUUAUCGAAGAUUCAGGCCGGGGUUGCUGCGCCAAGCUCUCCUUCUCAUGCCCACUGAAGGGCAACUACUGUCUGUACCCCAAGUCCAGCUUCGUCCUGACCAGCCCCCAGCCACACCUCUGGGUGCACGUCAUGAUGCUGCACCUGCAGAGCAAGUCCAGUGUGGCUCUGUGCUCCGGAGAUGAAUGUGUGCAGAGACUGGUGUCACUGUGGGAGAGGACGCAGCUAAGAGGAGCCCACAGCUUCUCUAUGGCCAUGACCCAGAACCCCACCCUGCAUAGGAAGGACUUGGCCAGACUUCAGGUCCAUCUGGAGGAGGUGCGUUUCUUUGACCUGUUUGGCUUCAGCCAGAAAGAGGAGAACUGGCUCUGCUUCAUGUGUAACAACCCCGAGAAGGCCACAGUUGUGAACCAGGAGGGCCAGCCUCUGAUGGAGGGCCGGCUGAAGGAGAAGCAGGUUCGCUGGAAGUUCAUCAAGCGCUGGAAGACCCGGUACUUCACCCUGGCAGGAAACCAGCUCCUGUUUCGCAAAUCCGGCAAAUCCAAAGAUGAGCUAGAAGACAUCCCCAUUGAACUCAGCAAGGUGCAGAGUGUCAAGGUGGUGGCCAGGAAGCGGCGGGAUCGGGGGCUGCCGCGCGCCUUCGAGAUCUUCACCGACAGCAAGACGUACGUGCUGAAGGCCCAGGACGAGAAGCACGCAGAGGAGUGGCUGCAGUGCAUCAACGUGGCCGUGGCCCAGGCCCGCGAGAGAGAGAACCGAGAGGCCACCACCUACCUGUAACGGGCGGGCAAACCGCUAGGACCCGUCUCUGAGUUGCGGCCAUCUGGGGUAACGCCACCCGCUGCCCAAAGGGGAUUUAUUUUGGUCUUCUUGGGGAAAAAAGUCCAGCGUGCGUUUGGGAAUUAUUCUUAUAGUAAAAGAGGGAUUGUUUUGAAGCUAUAAUCAAGAAGUGUUGAAUUGCCUCUCGUUUCUCUAAGAACCCUGUUGUUGUUGCCCCCCUGGGUUGUAUGGAAACAACACGUGACUUCACGGGGGUUUGAGUGGACAGAUGAUGAAUACUAAUCGAAUUACACAUGAACGAUACCCACUCCUGUCUGACCGGUCUCAGAGACUGUCGCUCACACACUGCUUUACAUUGAUGGAACCAUAACAAACUGUGAACACAAACGCACAUGCACAGAGACGUUACCCACAUUUAGAGUUGUUUGUGGCAAUGUGCGGGAAGGAGAUUAAUUCAAGUAUUCAUAAACAACUCGCAGCAAAGUUAAAAGAGGCUAAAUUUGUUAUUUUGAAAACAGCAUACGGACGUAUGCCAAUGUUCCCACACAGGAACUCGCACGCACCCAUACUCUCUAUCACACACAUUCACACACACAAAAACACAGACCACACACACACACUCACACACACACACAUACACACACACACACAAUACAAAGAGAAUACAAUAGGACACCAAAUACUACUUUGCACAAUAAGCAAUUGAACCAUAUCGCAAAAAGAUCAAGAACUCUUGUCAGGAGAAUAUAAAUCAGCAAUAUAAUGUUCACCAUAAUCCACCCCUUGAAAUGAUAAAUACAGAUACAGAUGCACACAACGGGCCAAUAUGUGUUUGUCACGAUGAUUCACCAGUGCAGAUCCUGGCCAGUGAAUCCGCAGCGGAGCGAUGCAGUGUGCGCUCUGUGUUUGUUUGACUUGGGCAGAGGUACGGUGUCACAUGAGACGAUGAUAGCUCCAUGGAAGCGCGGAAAGCAGCAACAUGUUGAUCCAGUUUAAGGCGAAACCGCGUGGGAUCCCCUCAGCACCUCGACGACACUAAUGCAUCUCCGGGACAUUCACAUUGGUGACCUCUGAAGCUGUCCAACAGUAGCUGUGGGAGUCCGUUGUGCUUGCUGUGUUCCGAAACGUUGGCCCGCUGGACACAAUGUUUUGCACGAAGCAAUAAGAGUUUCCUCUAAGAAAUUAGGGUCCAGUGGAGCCAGUGGGCCUCAUGCAGACUCUCAACAUGUAGCAAUAAGUCAUGCACAUUAAGCAGCAUGCACCCGCUCUGGGCACUGUGGGGAAGAUGAAGACCCACAUAAUGGACAGCAGAUGAGGGGAAACAGCGAAUAAUGGUUACGUGUGUGUGUGUGUGUGUGUGUGUGUGUGUGUGUGUGUGUGUGUGUGUGUGUGUGUGUGUGUGUGUGUGUGUGUAUGUGUAU